AAAGUUAAGAGUGAAACAUUAAAAAAGGAGAAUCAGAAUUUUCAAUCAGAAGAAAUUUCUUAAAAUUCUUAUCGUGAGCAUUAUUUUGUACUAGCCUAUCGACUCCUUCGUUAUAACUGACACAUGCAUUUUACGACGCAAUUUAUAUGUACAGGGAAUACAGAAAUAAGCUUCAAUCUUCAACCACAAAGAUGGAUACUAGACGGUCAAAAGACUUGUUUAAGAAACCUACAUCGAUAGCCAUCUGUAUUCCAAACACAGUUGUUGUACCAAGUGACGCUGCAGUAGAUGAGGAAAAGAUUGUCCUCACAAUAAGACUUUAUAACGAUGAACUCAUCCCAAUCUACGAUGCGACUGCAGAUAUUAGUAUAGAGAUAUUAGACCCAGACAAUGACAUACUACGCCCUCACGCAGAAGAUUAUACGGACAAGGAUGGGACGUACAAAGUAUACUUCAUUGCUCCAAAACCAGGAAAAUAUACUGCGCAUGUGCUGGUAAAUGGGAAAUGUAUAAAUACAGCAGGAUACAAAUUCAGCGCGUUAGGACAAUAUUCCUACAAUAAAAGAAAACAUUCUUUUAGGAGUUCUCCAAGGCUAUAUACAGGUGACAUGCCUUCCAGAAGUAUUUCAAGAAUGACUACAGGGAUGUUGUCGUCAAUGUCAUCACCAAGAAUUUCUGCUUUGAUGUCAUCACGUUCAGCAAAGUCAGAUGAUAUUUUGUAUCGUGGGACACCAAGAACUUUUAAAGGUAUUGUAGCGACAAAACCACCUUCACGUCUGACUGUUUUAGAUGAAUCUUUACAAGAUGCACCGUUAUAUUCUGCCAGAGAUCACACGGAUAAUUUCACUACAAGAAAAUAUUCUGAGACAAUAACGGAGCGGAAUUUGUUGUAUAACGACGUAAACUGCAUAAGUAUAGCAUUUGAUGCAGCUGUUUCUCAUCCCUCAGUAGAAGUUUCACGUGACAGUCUUACGAUGGCUUUAAAAUCGACAAAGCAAAUAUAUGGCUCUACUCCUGGGAAAUCCGGAACUCGCAGACUUCGUUUAUUUCCAGGAACUAUAGGAACACGAUCCUUCAACAAACCGGGUCUGUUUUAUUGGGAAAUUUCCGUUAAAUUCAAAAUCUUGCGCCUAAUUCGACGGACAGUUCUAUUUGAGAUUGGUCUAGCAAGGAAUGACGUAAUCGAUAAAAGUUUUAGAAACGACCGUAGUCCGUUUGCCUGGGUAAUCAGUGGAAGUGGGUGUCACCUAUGUGGGAAAGUGUGUCUUCAUGGAUGGCAUAAUGGACAAAUGUUAAGUCAUUAUCCUUUCAGUGAUCGAAUUCCCUUAGCCAUCAGAUCAUAUUCUAAAUUACAUUACGGAUUUUUGCUGGAUACGUCUAAAAGACACUGGAUAAUUGUUGAUUUAAAAAGUAGAAAGGUAGUAGCUCACUUCAAAAACUUAGUAGUUUCACCGACAGAGCCCCCAUUGUGGCCAGUCUUUGGUAUAUACAACCCAGAACAGACACAUAUUACCAUGGAAAUAUUCUAUGGGUCGGAUGUCAGUCGCAUACCAGAGGAAGCUUUAGAUGCUCUUUCUAUUUAGCUGUGUUGCCUCUAUCAACAAAUGAGCACUUUUUAUUUAUAAUUUAAUUUUGGAUGUAACGCGUCUUCUGGUUGGCUGACGUUAUUUUGUUAUGAGCCCAUAGACAUAAUUUAGUCAUGUCUUUUU